ACCGAAAUAGUCCCACCGAAAAUACAGUCAAUCUCCCGUUAACCGUGGCUACUCGAGCCGCUUAACUCUCCGAAAAGUGUAACGACGUGCUCUACUAAAAAUGCGAGCUCCACAGUGCUUUGUAAUAUUACUUCUUUCCCUCAGUAAUAUUGAUGAUAAUUGCUUCUGUCUCGGAGAGAAUGUCACAGUUCAAUCGUCAGAUCAUUCCGGAUCACAAGUGGUCAAUGGCAGCGGAAGUGUGUCGGAAACGCAACACGCCACCUGCCAAAUCACUACUGAAGAGUUAGUUGCCAGUGCGCAGGCGACGGUCACCAGAGUUCUUACAGGCGCGUGUAUCGGAGAAGCGGUAGACAAACGACUACAAAAUUUGGAAAAUUUGUUCCGAAUCGGAGUUGACGAGAUAAAUCAGAAGCUGGAUAUACUGCUUAGAUCUUCGUCAUCCAGGUUGCAGUCUCUUGGUGAAACGGGUCGCUUGGAUGUCGAUCCCAGACAGGCAGAGGUUGAUAGGCUCAACAACACCAUUGGUCAAAUUUUCACACCAGAAGGCACGAUCCGGGCGUUCACCCACUUCCUGCGGGUCGAGCACUUCGACGAUAAGAUCUCGCAGUGGGGUUCUCGAGGGUACCUUCGCAGCCCCACCAUUCAAGUCGGUCCCGGGGGAUACGCGAUGUACCUGAAAGUAACCCCGAGGGACGUCCAGGGGGACAAGGUCUUCGUAAGCGUUGGUGCAGGACUAACUCGAGGCGAGUACGACGCGAGCCUCACCUGGCCAUUCGCUCUCAAGUAUCGUGUCGAGAUCCUUGAUCACUCAGUGCAAGGAUUUCGCCAAGAUUUGAGCGGAGCGACAUUCGAUCCUCUAAACUACAGACAUUACGCAAGCUUAUGGAAGAGACCGAUCGCCACCCUGGGGAACGAUGAUAACAUAGCUCUAGUCAAUAUAAAAGUCCCCGCGAAUAUUUUUCUAGAGGGUGUCAACCGGUGGUCCGAUUAUUCUUCCAGUCCACGUACCAGUAACCGGAAAUACCUUUGGCAGGGUAGCUUGUUAAUUAAACUCACAGUUUACUUGUAAUGAUUCGUAAACGCCAUAUUAUGGCGAAUAUUUUGUCCAGUGUUCCAUGAAAGCAUGCGAAUUCACGAAAUGUGUCUUUGGAACUUGAAACACUUAUCGUAAAACAGUCAACGAAUUUUAUCUACCGGUAUGCUGUGUAAAAAUGUAGAGUCUGUCAAAUUGGAUUUUAUAUAAAGUAAAAUUAUUUUUUACCGAAAAUUCGCUCACGUAAAUAAAGAUUUUAUGCCCUCACACAAACGUUAUAUACGAAUAAGGAAUUAAUCGUCACUCAACUAAUUAUGUAUACCCGUAACUCACCUUGCUGAUUUGUCC